UCGGCAGCUCGCCUUUUCACCUGUGCUCACGUUUUCCUUAAUAGAGUUCCUCUGCGUGUCUCUCGCCUUUUCCUUGGAGCUCUUCGACCCCAGAAACAAGGGCUCAAAGGCCGAAACGCUAAGACCCUCAAGGAGGCGUGGCUUCAGGACCGGAAGAAGCUCCUGUUGCCAAGGGAACGCCGCGCGCCAAGGCGCCUGCUCAGCCCCUGAUGCUCUUGCUGAGGCAGAAGCUGCCAGUUUGCCCAAUUUGUAGAGGCGGCUUUGCCCGGGACAAGCAGUCUUUCCGAUGGAGGCGUAGAGAGGAAGGCUGAAGCACUUCCGCACCAGAUUUCCUUCUCCGAGACUGAUACCAGCGGGUGCAUCCAUUCCGGCUCCUCACAAGCUCCUGGGCCCUCCAGAUCGGGGAUCUCAAGCCUCAAGUUCAGCUGCUUUGUAAAUAUUGGAAUCACAUUAUGGGAUUGCUAGACAGACUUUCAGGUUUGCUUGGCCUGAAGAAGAAGGAGGUUCAUGUUUUGUGCCUUGGGCUGGAUAAUAGUGGCAAAACAACAAUUAUUAACAAACUUAAACCUUCAAAUGCUCAGUCUCAAGAUAUAGUUCCAACAAUAGGAUUCAACAUAGAAAAAUUCAAAUCAUCCAGUUUGUCUUUUACAGUGUUUGACAUGUCAGGUCAGGGAAGAUAUAGAAAUCUCUGGGAACACUAUUAUAAAGAAGGACAAGCUAUUAUUUUCGUGAUUGAUAGUAGUGAUAGACUAAGAAUGGUUGUGGCCAAAGAAGAACUUCAUACUCUUCUGAAUCAUCCAGAUAUUAAACACCGUCGAAUUCCAAUCUUAUUCUUUGCAAACAAAAUGGAUCUUAGAGAUGCAGUGACAUCUGUAAAAGUGUCUCAGUUGCUGUGUUUAGAGAACAUCAAAGAUAAACCAUGGCAUAUUUGUGCUAGUGAUGCCAUAAAAGGAGAAGGAUUGCAAGAAGGUGUAGACUGGCUUCAAGAAAAAACAGUACAAUCAGAUCCAGUCUGUGAAGACAUGAAAAGAUAGGAUCUAGAAACCUCAGCAGUUUUGAAUCCAAGGAAUAUAUAUAAGAUAAACUGAAUACUUUAAAAUUUUUUAAAGAUGUAUAUGCAUCCAAGAAUACUUUAUAAUCUGUUUGCUUUAAUGGACUUUGAAGAACUUUUUAAGAACAUAGGAUUUCAGGUAUGCUAAUCUGGCUUUUUGUUACAUAAAAACUAAAUCUUUCCUCAAAAGAACUCUCAAGAAUUAUCAACUUUUUGUUAAAGAUCUACAUUUGAUUGUAAUCAGAAUGUUUAAAAGUCAGAGUUGCAAGCCAUUUCAAUAUCCCAUCAUGAUAUAUGAUCUUUAAUGUAUUUUAUUUUUGUCUUUUUAAAUAUGUAGUUUAUGGUAUCAUUUUGCAGUAUGAAUUGUGCUUUUGAAAAAUAGCUUUAAAUAUUUAUGAAGGACCAUGGGUAAUUAAUAUAUAUUAAAAUUUUUAGUAUGUGUCACUGUCAAUAAAACAAAAAAGGCAAUACACCAACUAGUGUGCUUUGUUUUUGCUGGAAAAAAAAAUAACAUGUAAUGUGGUAUUUGGUGUUUUACUGCCAAACAUUUGUACAUAAUCUGAGACCAAGAUAAGGUAAAUUUAUUCAAUUUGUAUUGGACAUCUCUACACCAAGCAGUCUGGGAUAGUCCCAAGGCAAUGGUGAUACAAAAUACAUUGUCAUUACUUAUUUUCACAGAACUUAAAAUUUAAUGAGGGAGAAUUUGAGCACCUUUCACACACAUGGCAAAUAACUUCAUUUCAUUAGCUGAAUGAAUAUUCUACAUCUUUAGAUUUAGAGGUAUAAAAGUAAAUUAAUACUGGACUUUAAUGGUUAUUGUAACUUGUUUUUUCUUUUAAAAUGCCUCUGUUGGUCACCUUUUUUGUUACUGUAACAAAAUUCCUGAGAUAAUCAAUUUUUUAAAAAAGAAUAGUUUAUUUGGCUCACAGUUUUGGAAAUUUCAGUCUGUGGUCAGUCCCAUUGCUUUUUGGCCUGUGUCAGAUAGUACAUCAUGUUGGAAGCUUGUAGCAAAAGCUACUCAUCUCGUGGCAGCUAAGAAGCAAGAGAGAGGAGUAUCCCAGUAUUCCUUUUAAGAGCACACCCCUAAUGACCUCACUUCCUUCCCGUAGGUAUUUUUUUUAAUGAAUUCUUAAUAACUUCAAAAUUACAGUAAAAGUUCAAUAAUACAAUUCCUCAAAAUCCAGAAAUACCAGAAAUUUUGCAUUUGGCAAACUGAAAAUUAUUCAGAGUAUUCCAGUGGUGCAAUAUUUUACCAGCUUCUCAUAACUUGCUUUGAUAAGGAUACAAAACGAGAAUCUCAUUGAUCUGGAGUUGCCUCAAAUAUAGAAAAGACAUAACGAUGAAAACACGGUGAUUUUUUAAAACCUGAUAUAACUAAUUUACAGGAUAGAGAAAGAAUUUAAAUCCUCACCUACCGUAAGAAACAGUGACAAAAUUAAUAAUUAUCACUAUAGGAACACGAUAUCAUGAAUCAGAUGUUACUACACAUCCAGAAUUUUACAUUGUUUUAUCCUCACUCGGGUAAGUUCUGUUAUUUGUUUUAAGAAUUAGGAAACUGGAACCUGAACUAGUUAUGUAAUUUGCUGAAGGUCACAGCUAGUAAAUGGUGUUGCUGAAAUUCACUACCCCACUUGUUGUUUAAGAGGGAUGAGUCAAGAGAUAGAAGUAUUAUAGAUAUUAGAAGUAUAGAUUUAUCUGCCAAAAAAAUGACUAAAAUGUCUGAAAAGAUCAGAAUGGAACAUUACUGUGAAGGUCAGAGGCCAGGGACUACUGUCUGUUUUACACUUUUUCUCCUUUUUAUUUUAAAACUAUUAACACUAUAUUUUAAACUCUGGACAUAAAUGACUUUGAUAAAAAUAAUUCUCAAAGCUAUUUUGAUGCCAAGUUAAUUCUCCACAAGCUAUAAUAACUCAAACUGACGCAUAUGUUUAGAAGAAAGAAAAGUACUGACUUUUACUUUUGUUUCUCUGAUCCCCAAGAUCUAGUUUAUACUUUACAAAUGUCUCCGUAUUUUACAUUUUUGUGUAA